AUGGGCUAUUUUGAGAAGAACAUCUCAGUACUGAAUGACGUUCUGCUGAAGGCUGCCGAGGACCAGGAGGCCGAAAUCGAUGCCGAGAUUUCGCGCCUGGAUGCACUGAAGGAAGACGACCUGGAGGAGUUGCGGCGCAAGCGACUCGAGCAGAUGAAGUCCUCCCAUGCAGACAAGAUGAAGAAGCUUGCCGUCGGACAUGGUGAGUAUACCAUGAUCGAGGAGAAGGAGUUCUUCGAUGUUGCGAAGAAGUCUGAACGGAUGGUCGUCCACUUCUGGAGAGAAAGUACGUGGAGAUGUGAGAUCAUGGACAAGCACUUGAGGCAGCUUUGUCAGAAGCACUGGAACACUCGCUUUGUCAAGAUCAACGCUGAAAAGGCGCCGUAUUUGUCCGAGCGAUUACAUAUCUGGUGCCUGCCGUCUCUCGUCCUUUGCGUGGACGGGAAGACAGAGCACACAGUGGUUGGCUUCAGCGAGUUUAAAUCUGGAGACGAGGUCACAACAGAUGAGCUCGAGGCAGUUCACAGGGCGCAGUCCCAGCUGACCGAGGUGUUGGACACCCUGCAGGAGGAGGACAGGAAGGUCAUGGUCUUCUCAUUGCAGUUCUUGCGCGAGCGCGAGGAAAAGGCAGCCGCGGAAGUUGCCCAGAGAGCUGACGUGCAGCGAGCAGGACCACCAGCACCUCCGCCGCCUCCUGGUCAUGGGCCAAGCGUUCAAGAGCUGGCGCGACGCGUGGAUGCCAUCCGGGCAGAGAAGGAUGAACUGGGGUUCGAGCUGCGCGCCCUGCAAGAUAUCUGCCAGCGUGAGCGGGACAUCACCAAGGAUCUGCGAAAGCUUCACCAAAUGGACCUUGAAGAGAUCAGCCUGCAGAUGCAGGUGACCAUGUCCGACACUGAGCGCUUCCGGAAGAUCGCCCAGGACCGCGAAGGCCGCAUUAAGGAGCUCCAACUGCGCCUGGUGAAACGCAAGGAGCAGAGAUUUGCGCAGCCUUCGCGUAUGGUGGGCGCCCGCUCCGAAGUUGUCAGCGAUGGUGGCUUCUCAGAGCUCUCGGAGAUCUCCGAUGGCAAGAACGUUUUGGACCUGUACAUCACUCUUGGGCAGAUCGAGGACCGGGCGCUGCAGGAACUGCCUCGUCAGGGCGAGGGAAUCUGGCAGAUCCCGCCGGAGAACAGCCUAUGCACCCUGGUCAUCGCCGAGUUUAUGCACUGCGACGUGGGAACUUCGGAGACAGCUGUGGGUCUCCGGCCGCGCUACGAUUCGCUGCUGUCCUUUGGACCUUUCGAGGUGGGCGCCGCCGAGGUGGAGCACUUCGCUCGGGCCGCCGUGCGGCUGGAGCUGCAGGCCUUCUCCACAAGUGGAUCCGCGGCCUAUGUGUUGGGACGGGCUGGUCUCCCUUUGGCUGCCCUCCUGGACUGCACUCCACAGGAUCCCAACCCAGUGAUUGCUGGAACUCUGUCCUUCGCCUGUGAGGCCGAUACGCAUGUGCAAAUUGCGACCGUCCGCUACAAGGCAAGAUGGCGCAGAAGCAUCAUUCAGGAACUGGAGACCUACACCAUCACGCGCGGCAUGUCUCCAGUUGCUGCCGUGGCCGCGUCGGCUGAGAAUGUAGGGGCAGGCAUAGCGGCUGCACCUGGGCUGAUGGACGCAGCGAAGGGGCUCAUCGUGCACAUCUACCACGUGACCUCACUGGUCCCUUCGCAACCCGGCGUGUCUCCAGACAGCCUGCAGCCUUACGUGACCUACGAGGUGCCUGGACACAAGACCCACUUCACGCAGAGCGGUAGUGGGCCAAACGUUACAUUCGAGGACGCCAGGCGCAUGGUCGUGCGAGUGGAUAGCGACUUCUGCAGGUGGGUGGAGAGUGGCGGAGGGCUCCACUUCCUGGUCUUUGACGCUUCGGUGCCCCCAGCGGGUGGUUCGGAGGAGCAGCUCGGCCUGAUCGGCGAAGCCAAAGUCCCGCUGAACCAGCUCCUCGCGUCGCAGUACAACCGUGUUCAGGGAAACUUCCCGCUGCAUCGGUCUGGUGCUGCCGCAGAGCUUCCACCUGUUGGAUACAUUGAGCUGUCAAUUGCAUGGCAGGACGAUCCGACUUCUGUCCUGGCACCUGGUGCGAUUGGCUUGUCUCCGUUUGAAGUGGAUCGUGGAGCCAUCACAGAGGAGCAGUUCCAGGUCCUCUGGCAACGUGUCAUACGCCGGCUCCAUGUGCUGAAGCUUGCGCCGGUGGACUGGUUUUACAAGCAUGACCUGGACAAGGAUGGCUUCUGGUCAAAGGUCGAAUUCACGGCUGCACUUUCGAGCAUGCCUUUGGGCCUGUCGUCUUUGGAAUCGGAUUACGUCUUCCGCUGGACGGACAGGCGAAGGCGGGGCGAAGGCAUGUGGGAUUGUGACCACCCCAUAUUCCCAGGUCCCGGCAACAUGGGCAAGCGCGCUGCGACUCCAGCAGGUCCGGCAUGGAAGCGCCAGCGUGGCGACACAGUUCGGAGCAAGAUCAACACCAUCAUUGCUGCCCUGCGCGACUCGAACCUGGAGUCUGAGGCCACCGCGGUCGCGCGCGCGAUGCUGGCGGAGGGCGCCUCUGCGGCGCUGUCGAGCAUGGUGGAAGACCGGCAUCCCAUGCAGAUAGCGAUGGGCGACUUCAUCAAAGAGACACUGGAGGACAUUGCAGCCAGGCUGCUUGGACAGGCCGAUGAGGUCAAAAAGUCGGCGAGCACCGCCGAGUCGGAGCUCGAAGUUCAGAAGGCGCAGCUCCAGGCCGCCACGGAUGAUGCUGCCGAGGCGAAAGACGCGGUGGCCAAAAAGGCCGAAGACGUGGCCACAGCCAAGGGAGCUCUUGCGCUCUGCGAGCAGGCAGAUGCAGCCAUAGCCAGCGAGGAGUCCGGCUUCAACAGGCGGAGCAACCAGCUGACGAAAGAGCAGUCCAAGUUCACGGACCUCAGGGACAACUUGCUUCAGGUGCUGAUUGAUGAUGGCAUCAAUGCCAACGGAAGCGCCAAAGAGGCCAAGAAGACGUGCGACAAGCUCCUGAAGCAGGUCACCAACUUGGGGGGUGAGCCCGCCUUGUUGGCGGCAGCUCCCCAGGUCCUCCUGAAGAAGACGGAGGAACGAGGAGGCUUCGACAGCUGUGUGCUGGACUCCCUAAAGGGCAUCUUCGCAGAGCGGCUGGACAGCAUUCAGAAGAGCUUGGACGAGAUCGCUGCCCAGGUGGAAGCCAAGCUGCCAGAGAAGACUGCCAAGGCCGAAGAAACAGCAAAGGCCAAGGCAGCCUUCGAUGAAGCCAAGUCGCAGCUCGACGUGGCCGAUGAGACAGCGUGCGUCAAGGAGGUGGCCUUGGUGCAAGCCAAGACGCAGCUGGAGGCCACGGAGCAGACGUUGGAGGCCAAAGCCAAAGUGAUUGAGGCUGCCAUGGGUGAGGUGAACGCGUUCUCGGAGGUGCUGGCAAUCUUCAAGGAGGUUGCCGAGCGAUCGCAUCCUGCUCCUGCGGAGUCAAAGGGCGCCGACGGCGCAGAAGACGCCAAGCCGCCAGUGGAGGCCCCUCCGCAGCCGCAGCCGCAGAACGCGCUGGAGCUGUCACGCCUCCCAGCAGAUGCAAUCGAACAGCGUAAUUCGACAAUGAGUGCGGUUGCCCGCAAGUCAAAACAUGCUGAUGCCGAAUCGCGCGAGAUGAGCAGCCAUGGGCUGAACCUCGCGCUGGGCAGGCGCCAGCUCGUUGCACUGGAUGACCUUGCCAUUGCAUUCGAGCAGGGCAAGAAGGCAGCACCCUUGGAGCAGUGGGCUCGCGACAUCUACCGUGCAAUAGCGCUCGCCCUGAGGCGGCAAGGUUGGUCUGCUCGGGAGGCCUUCGACAUGGUCUCCCGAGAUCGUAGGGCACAGAAGAGCGAGUUCUUCACUCUCGUGAACAGCCUUGAGCUGGGCCUGCGCGGGGAGCAGCUGGAGUGGCUGUGGAAGUUGUCAGAUACAAAUGCCGACGGCCUGCUAGACUACAUCGAGUUUGCUCAACGCAUCGCCGAGGUGACCGGAGUCAGUACCACAGCCUUCCCAGUGCCCAGACCUGAUGAGGACGUGUUGGAGCCUCCGAGUGCCACAAUCUCCGCCUUUGACGCUGCAGCGGGCAUGUCCGAGGCGUGGCACGACAUUUGCCUCGCUCGGCUACUCUGUGCCUUCCAGGAGUUCGGCUGGAGCCUUGACAAGGCCAUGGAGCAACUGCCCGUCCGGGAGGACGGGCUUGUGGCGAGGGCAGAGCUGCUUGUGUUCACAGCACGAUGCCGAGCUGGUCUCUCAGAUUGGGAGCUGGACAAGGUCUUCGCUCGACUCGAUGGAGAGAUGCGCGGCGCGGUUCCGAAGCGGGCCGUCAGGACCGCGCUCAUGCGCUGCGAUGUCAUGGAAGCACCUGCGCAGGCAUCUUUGCGACGGGCCGCCGAGUCCCGAAGCCGCAUGCACCAGGAACUGCUACGCUACAAGCCUGCGACGACUGCCGCAGCUUUGCGGAACGUCCUUUCGGAGGUGGCCGCGUCUCGAGAGCCCCUCGUUGUCAGGCGUGAGGAGCUGUCGGCGGCUGCAGCUCGCUUGGGUGUGGAGCAGGUCUGGAUGGACGAGCUGUGGUUUGCUUCCCCCAAGCUUCGUGACGACACGCUGGACAUCGAUGUCUUCUGCAAACAUGUGGAGGCAGCACCGAUGCCUGGGGAGGGCUCUGUUGACGAAUUGUCGGACGAGCAUGCUGCCAUCUUGCUCGGCCGCCUCGGGCGGGCGCUGCAAGGCGCAGGAGGCGUCGAGAAGGCUUUCCACAGCUUUCAAACGGGCGUCGAUGGAUGUCUUUCCCGCACGGAGAUGGAGGCGGUCAUCGCUGAUGUCACAAAGGACCUCUUCUCUGCUCACGAGCGCAUGCUUGUGGUCAGAAGGAUGGAUGCCAACAGCGACGGCCGCAUCAGCCUCAAGGAGCUGGAAACGGCCGUGGCCAGCGCGACGGUCUCUACUAUUGCCAUGGGCAGCUGGGCAGAAGACGUCUGUGCUCGAGUGGCGCAGGGCCUGAAGCGAGAAGGGCGAACAGUCGACGAACUCUUCGAGGCUUUGGCAGGCAAGGCUGCUGGGCGUCCUGAGGUCCACUGGCAGGAUUUCCGGGCGCUCUUCUCCCGGCUGGAGCCUACUUUAACAGACGGGCAGCUGAAGCGUCUGUGGCAGCUCUUCGACAAGAAUGGAGAUGGCGGAGUCUCACGCGCAGAGUUCCACAAAGCCUUGGAGCCCCACGGAACAGUGGCGAAGGCGCCAGAGGCGGAAGCCGUGGCUCCUUUGCCGGUGCUUCUGAGCCGUAUUGCGCGCGCCACCGGCCAGGGGAAGCUGCCACUGGCAAACGCUCUUUCGGUAUACUGCGGCAUGGUGGGACUGGACCUGCGGUCUUGGCUGGAUGCCUGCCGCGGUUUGAGCAUACCGCUCUCCCAAGCGGAGGCCACGGCGGUGCACUCCGCCAUGGCCCGCGGCCCCGGCGGCGGAUCCCUGGCCCCGCAGGCGUUGGCGGGCGAGGUGAACCGUGCCAGCGCCAGGGGCGUGCCGGAGGAGCGGUGGGCGCGGGACUUCGUUGCCGGCCGCGCGCAGCUGGCGCAUGACGCCCGCGAAUGCACUGUGGCCGAGGCUGUGCAAGCUGCUGCGGGAGAUGCUGAAGCUGUGCACGAGGAUCUGAUUCGGACGGCGCUGGGGCGACACAUGGCUGUUCCGGACACCACUUGGGCACAGCUCCGCUUGCUAAUGGAACGGCGCUUUGAUGACGGUCUGGUUCUUUGGCGGCCCUUCCUGCAGUGGACCUGUGGACUUGGAGGAGGAGCACCCUUGGCAGGAACUGUCGCAGAUGCAGUUUGUUCGCGUGUUGCAGCCACUCUCCGAAGACAAAAGAAGUCGGUAGAGGACCUAUUCAAUGCCUUGGCCGGGGUCAAGGCCGUGGUGUACUGGGCGGACUUCAGCGCCUUCUUCUCACAGAUGGAGCAGUCUUUGUCGGAGCAGCAGUUGCAAGAACUUUGGUUCACUUUCGACAAGAAUGGGGACGGCAGUGUGUCGAAGGAGGAGUUCACUCGGAGAAUCGCUGACGUGGACUCUGCAUCCAAGGCCAUGACAACAGCUGUGUGUGCGCGUGUGAACAGCGCGCUCCGUCGUGAGGGUCAGAGCGUGGAUCAACUCUUCCAAGCCCUGGCUGGUGUGAAGGAAGUGGUGCACUGGCCAGACUUCCGCGCACUCUUCUCGCAGCUUGAGCUCCAUCCUUAUGCUCUCCAACAUGUCAAAAUGAGAUAA